AUCCAAAAUGGCGACCACCGGGCCAUCAAAGAUAUCAAGAAAGCAGCGGGAGAUUUGUGUUAAAGAGGAGUUUAAAAUUGCUGUUAAAAUUGCCCUUGAUCGAUUUCGCUUUGAGGAAACACAAAAAGGUAGAGUCCUUUGUCUCUGGAUUGUUGCAAAGUACCGUGUAAUUAUAUGCUUUUCAUGUCUUUUCUUUGUUAGCAAAAAACAACUUGAGUCCCUUGUUAGUGUCGGUUGCGAUUGUUGUUGUACGUUUUAAAAGGGAAAUAAGCUUUUACUUGAAUUUUUUAAUUUUAAAUCAAGAAGAAUUACUUUAUUAUAGUUGCAUACUCUGUAUGCUGCAUUAUAAUUUGUCUGUGCGACAGACAUUAAUAUUCAUGAUGAGGAAAGUCCCUGAGGAAAGUCUGACCCUUAGGCGUCUUUGGUCUUUGGACUAGAAAUGUCCUACAGUAUGUACGAGAGUAACAUGGUGGGCAUUAUGACUAGUCGAUGUAGAUUGUAUUACAGUAAUAAUCAUAAUUAUUAUAAAUAAUUAUAAGGUAAGAAAAGGUGUGCACUUUUUUCGCUCUAUUACAGUGCACUUGUCUACUCUCCCCACACAGCCCAAGUAAAAAAGACAUACAGAUUUUCUAGAAAGUAACCUCCCUGUAUAUUAUUGUUAUUUUUUUGCCUCAGUACUAGAGUUUCCAUCAUCAUUCACAUCCGUGGAGAGAGCCUAUGUACACAGACUGUGUCAAAACCUGGGUCUUAAGUCAAAGAGCAAAGGGUAAGCUAUUACAUUAUACUUUGGUGUAAAAUUUGUAAUUUUCUGUUCUGCUGGAUUUCAAACUCAGUGCCAGAUAAGGGUAAAAUAUAGUCACAAUUAUUCUCCUUUUGCAUACUUAUCUGAAUUUUCAUCAGAAAAAUAAUAUUAUAAUGUUGAUUCUGGAUUUGUAUGGAAUUUGGUCUGCCAGAGUCCAGAGAACUCUAUUAGAGAGCUGAGGGGUCUCUGUUGUAAGAAAAAUCUGUUCUCAUGAUUAUAAAAAACAGAAUUUCCUUUGUCUCUUCUGAAUAAUGAUAGUAAUCAUUAGGGCUAGAAAACAUUGGAAUUCUGAAUCAAACUACAGUUGAAACCUCCAUGUGCGACCACCUCUCAUAAAUGACCACUUCCUGUGAGCGACCCGACCAUGUCUUGGGGCUGACGGUUUCAUGAUUUCCCAUUGUUUUUAACCUCUUGUAAGCAAUCAAUAUUGACACCUAAUCUUCAUCUCUAUCAUCUGUGUAUAUAAAUUAUAACAGGGGAUCUCUUCCAAGAAGAGGUCAGGGCACUUCUACUUUAAAGGAGAUAAUUCAUUGCAUGUAAAUUCUAAGGUGCGAUAUGUGUACUUGUGUAGUUCCAUGUUGUCACUAAAAGUUCUUCUCAUGACCACCUCCUGUAUGCAACCGCUAACUCUUUGCAUUUUGGGUGGUCGCUUACUCAUAGAAGGUUCGACUGUUAGUUGAAUACUGGUUUAUCAUGACAACAGAUUUUACUGACAGCAUCUCUUGGGAAACAAUGGGUUGAUGUUCUGAUAAUAAGCAAGUUAAUGUUUUUUCCCCAGGAAAGGAAGCAGUAGAUAUCUUACUGUGGCAAAAAAGGAUGUUACCACUGGAACUUGUAACAGCCUGUUGAAGCUCUCAAGCAAUGCUAUUCAACAAAUUGAACAUCUAUCCAAAAAGUUCCCUUUAAACAUCAAAGAAAAACAAGAAUUACAACCGAAGACUGAAAGAUCAACAGUUACAUUUGAUACAGGUUGGUAGCAAGAUGCAGAGGUGAUUAUGUGGGAAUGUCAGCCAUCAGUUUUUGUUGUUUGUCUGUGUGACACAGUUGGUUAACCUGUUGGUUAAACUAUAGCUGCACACUGCUGUGCUCUAUUACUAGAGACAAAGCUUAUUCCUGUCAAAAUCUACUGGUCACACAUGCGCAAAGCUGAAACAUGAAGAGUCCCAGUAUUGUAAAGCAUCUACAUCAUGUUCAAAUUUCAAAUGUGAAAAGGAAUGGUAAUUACCUUUUUGCUAAGGAAUCUGUUGAGACUGUACAUCAAAAAAAUCUACAAGAUUCUGCGAGUACUUCAUUUUAGCUUAUCACACACCAAUUAUUUUCAUCAACCUGUCUAUGAUGUGUCUUUCACUUAACACAUUCCUUGGUAAUGGCUAUACAUUAUCCCUUUAAGUCCCAAUAGUGACCAACAGCAAUUUUCUCCUAACAAUACUCAUACAUUAUCAAGAGAUGAGGUUACGAGAAUUAAUUAAAUGAUCAGCUAAGAGAAAAUACUUUGAUCUUUUAUCAAAUUCUCUCAACUCAUUCUUUAAGGAAAUGUAUAGAGAUCAGUUUGGAGAAUUUGUAUGUGGAUAUUGGGGCUUAAAGGGUUAAUAAUUUUUGUAGUAGUCAUGUGUUAAUACAAUCACUGUCAUGAAUAAUUUAUUUUUCUUACAAGGUCGUAGCUCAAGGGAGAAUAAAGUGGUUGGCAAACUCAAUAACAACACUCCUGCUGUUCCACCUGUGGUUAAAGAGAAUGAGCUGCUGUCAUUCCGCAAGUCUCUACCAAUUUAUGAACUUCGAGAGCAGAUCUUAAAACUCAUAUCAGAUAAUCAGGUAAGCUAAUACUUAUCCCAGUCUAGCCUUGUGCAGAGUACUCUAACAUAAUCAUGUAUAUAUUACAGGUCAAAAUUAAAUUCAGGUUGAAAUUUUUUAACCUAGGUCGAUUCUCAAAUUCCUUUGUCUCUUAGGCCUAAUUCAUGAAUAAAUAGGCCUAAGAGACAAAGGAAAUUGAGAAUCAACCUAGGUGGAUUUAAUUUUGACCUGUAAUGUAUGAGUUUCAAAACCGAAGGGGGUACAGUUUAUUCCUAGUGAAUUUAAUAUUAUGGGUGAAAAGAGUGGUCUUGUUUUAAUGUUACUUCUUCUGUUUUACCAGCUUUAGUUAGUAUAUACAUUGUUUAGUAUUUAGUUAUACACUGCAGCUGCAGAAGUGCCGGAAGUAGAGCCCAACAUUCAACAUGAGAAAAAUGUACCACAUUAUUGUGGGUGCAAAUGGUUAAUGAUCACUGUUGUCUCAAUGAUCACUGCGUGGCAAAUUAUAUUGUGAUAAUUAUUGAAACCAUCUUUAUUUGGCCUGGUGUCUCAUUUUUGAGGGUGUUAGGUUGUCUCAGGGAUGGGAUUGUGACCAUUUUAGGUUGCCCUGGGAUUUGGAGUUUGAACAUGCCCUGGUUAAAAAUCACAGCUGCCAGGAGGUUGACCUAUACCCAGUGGUCACAAACACCAUUCAUGUGUUCAAGUUGGGUCUUCUGUAAAGCGCUGCAUCCAUUAGUCAGAGGAGGAUCUAGUUAAGACCAUUCUAUGCACAUGUACCUGUAGUCUUCGUUAGUCAGUUUUGUUGUUGUUUCAUUGAAUCUGUUUUUCUUUGUUCAGGUUGUUUUAAUAUCUGGUGAGACAGGGUCUGGAAAGACAACUCAGGUGUGUGAACUGAUCUAAAAUCUGCAUCUGGUGCACUUAAUUUAGUCUGCAAAGGCAGAUCUAUUUCCGAUCAUCGCUUCUCUCCGCCUGGAAAAAAAAGAAAAGAAGCAAUGCAUUUGCAUUAUUGCAUUGGCAGGCUUCACUUACUGUGGUUAAGUAGAAUUCAACUUCAUUAACUUGACAGAGAGAGAGCAGGAAUGUACAGCUGUAUGAUCAUUGCUUUUGUAUUUUUUUGGUUAAUGUCCUGGAGUGUGCUUGCAAAAGUCUUGAAGUGUUUUGAGCUCUGUGUUGCCGUUAUUAUGCUCCACAAACUGAGCCUUCAAUGUUUGAAGCAGAUGAGAGACUUACAUGUAGUGUAUUAAUUUUUGCCAUUUCUUGACUGGGAUGUCAUUAUAUAUUCCAAUUUUUCAAUUAUUAAUAAUUAUUUAUUACUAGCUACUUUGGUAAGAAUUCGCAGUUGAUUUGCCUUUUAUCACUGACAGUAGGUAAAGCACAAGAUUGUGAAUCAUCUAAACCCAUGACACUGCAAGGUUCAAUCCUUUAAACUGCUUUCAGAUCAAUUUAGUAUAGGACUUGCUACUGAUCUUUCCCUACAUGUACAUGUAUUUCUAUGGAGUAACCAUUCCAAUAAAACCCCUUUCUCAUAGUGCUACUGUCAAGAUUUCAUAAUUUGAAAUAAUGUCAUUGUUUGUUCUCCUGGGAGUUAAAAGUUAACAUUGUUUGUAUCCACGAUAGGUACCACAGUUCAUACUAGAAGAUGCCAGUGCUCGGUCAACACCUUGUAGAAUAGUUUGUACUCAGCCUCGCAGGAUCUCUGCUUUAUCAGUCAGUGAAAGAGUUGCAACAGAAAGAGGAGAGAGACUUGGGCAGACUGUUGGCUACCAAAUAAGACUUGAUAACAGGUAUAUUUUGGUAGCCAAGUGUAAUGAAAGUUUGGUUUAUACUGUGACAUAAAAGUGAGGCUUUGUGUACUUUAGUUUUAGCCUUUGCAAAUUUGGUAGGAACGCCGCCAUGCCUUUUAUCUGAUAUUGACCUGCUGUGAUUUUAAACUUUGGUUAAUGGAGGUGUAACCCCUGAAGAAUUACUUGAGUAACAAUUUGUUUCUAUUCUCAACACCAAUUUUUGAUCCCCAAUGAUAUUAUUAAAACAGAAGCAGGCUUUAAUAAUCUAGAGAAAUAUUCUUUAGUGUACUAGCAGAUGACUCCCUAUUUAUUCAAUUAUCUGACAGUUUGCUGUAAUACCUCUUGUUUUGAUUGUUUUCACCUCUCUUUCGUGCAGAAUAUCUCCAAAAACAUUGCUAACUUACUGUACAACUGGAGUCUUAUUACGGACUCUGAUGUCAGGUGAUAACUCUCUCUCAUUUGUCACACACGUCAUUGUGGUAAGUGUUUCAAAUAGUCCCUGACUGCUAAGAGUAGAAAAAAAACCUGGGAAAGGUGAUGAAAAGUCAGGGAAAAGUAGAAAAAGUCUGGGUUGCUAGAGGAUUUUUGAAGAUUAUUUUUAUGAAGACUUUUUUUCACCCAGAAAAGAUAAAUAUUCUUUAAGUUAAUUGAUUUUAAUGUUAAGGGGUUCAUUAAUGUCCCGUUAAAGAAACUAAAGAAAUGUAAAAUUUAACUGGAUUCAGGGGUCAGGGCAUGUUGGUCAGGGGUUUGUUGUUGUUGUUUUUGUACGGCAACCCUGUGUCCAUUCAUUAACAGUGGAGUGCUCGCAAGUGCAAAGCACACACAGCAGAGCACCAUACGUAUUAAAGAAAAUUUGGUUAUCUAUGCAUCUGAGAGAUUGGGGGUAAUCACGUAACCAUCCAUCCAUCUGCCAUCCAUCUGCACCACAGCUAGUCCUCAAAAGUCAUAUGGUCUUCCCAUAGAGUUAAGUAUUAAUAAUUUUGUAGAUUUCUUUUGCAAUGGUUCCAAGUUCAUGAUGUGAAGGAAAUUAUGUUUAAACGGGAGCUUUACUUUUAGCUCGAGCUAAAUCAAGUUAAAUCAAUUAAUAACUUUAUCUCAACUUGCUUUUUUGUUGUCAGGAUGAAAUUCAUGAGCGUGACCGAUUUUCUGAUUUUCUCCUGAUUGCCAUGAGGGAUCUUCUGACUGUUAACAGAAGACUGAAAUUGAUAUUGAUGAGUGCUGCUUUGGAUAUCAACCUGUUUAUUGAAUACUUUGGAAAAUGUCCUGUUGUUCAUGGUAAUGUUAGUAACUGCUUUGCAGAGUUUAUAAUAUGUUAAUUCUACCGUAUGCUUAAACUCUCUUGGAUACCUGAUUGUCUGUCUACACAGCAUGCAAAGAAACUAGUGUCCAGGUUUGGGGGGGUAGUGAAGUUUUUUUUGGGGGGGAGAAUCCAAAUUAUUGAUAAACUGUAAUCAGUGCUCAUCAAAAUUUUUGGGGGGCUAGUUGAAAUGACUUAUUGGGCCAUUCCCACAGGAAAAAAUAUCAGAUUCCCAUUUUUGGAUAUUUUAGGGUAUUUAAAGAAUACCCAUAAAAAUCCCAAAUUUGGCAAAGUGAGAAAAGUCCCAACCAGGGAAUUCCCAACCAAGUUCCCUGAUUGGGACUUGUCUCACUCUUCCAAAUUUGGGAUUUUUGUGGGUAUUCUUUAAAUACCCUAAAAUAUCCAAAAAUGGGAAUCUGUUAUUUUUUCCUGUGUCCAUGCUUGCUACAUUUCCCAAAUGGGAAGCUGUUAAACAGACUUUCUUUGCAUCUUUUCUACAUGUGAACAAUGCAUAUAUGGAGCUCUUCUAACUAGGCUUCAGGUUUACAACUAAUUCUCCAGUGCAAGUAUACUCCAGCAUGAUUAUAGAUCAGUUUUGAACUGGUAAAAUCCAUACUCAGCUCCAAAGCUGAGGGGAUUAAACAACAACAAAAAAAAGGGAAUGUACAGUAUAUUGUCGUAUUACUUCUUACUUUAAAGUAAUGCUUGACUUCCAAUCAGUAUGGUGGCUUUGCUUAUAGGAGGACAGUAGUGUUGGCAGCAGUAUUAUUAUUAUUAUUAUUAUUAUUAUUAUUAAAUAGGCCCAAGUACCUUAGAUAAUUAUAUCAUGCAGGUUCUUUGUUCACAGUUCCUGGUCGAUGCUAUGAAGUUAAAACAUGCUUUCUGGAAGAUGUGCUUAGAAUGUAAGGGAUGAACAAUACAUGUAUUAUUGAAUGUGAUAAGUUAUUAUGGUCAUCAUAAAGACAUUCUGUUGACUCUGUUGAAUUUUGUGUUAUUCUCUGGUAAGUGUUAGUGCUGAACAUUCACUGUAUUUUCAGUUAUGUUAUCAUUUCUUAUGUUAUAGGACAUCUUAUUGUAACAAAGAGAUGGCAAAGCAUAUGAAAGAAAUGACAAAGGGUAAUGCAUUAAUUUUAAUUAACAAAAAUUAAAGGACUAUUAUUUUUAUUAGCAUGUACAUUUUACCAAUGUCUACACAUGUUAAAAUCUUCCUUGGGUGAAACAUUUUCUAGUGUUCUUCUACAGAAAAUAAACAACCCAGCUUAUCUUUUCACAGUUCUCCAGUUUACCAUUAAUAGGCCUAGUAUUAGCCUAUGUAAUUUCCACAGUUUUUCCCCUGCACAUGUAGAUAAAUAAUUUAGACCUUAUCUCUUUCAAUUCACUUCCUUGUUCUGAAGACCUCAAUGUUUCAUUAAGUGUGCCUUUUACUGCGCUUUUUUAGAAGCCAACUAAUGUUUGCAUUCUUAGCUGCUGUCAAUCAUUUUAGUGGACCUCUUAGGAAACAGAAGCUUGCUUCAAAAAGUUCAAAAGGUCAUGGUUUGUGAGUUGUGAUUGGUGAAUUUUGAUCCGUUUUGUGAGUUUCUGUGUUUCAUGGUUCACUUGUUCAGAUUGACAACAUGCGAAAGAUGCAAUAAAUAAAAAUUAUUGUAAGCUGGCUUUUAAAGUUCAGGGUUUGCGUGUGACUGAAAAGCAUAGUAAUGGGAAAAUACGUUCUGGUCUCUGUGAUCAAUAUGCCUUUAGUUUCAUUAAGCAUAUCAUUCUUUUCAGCACAAAAUAAAAGUGGAACAGAGGAUGCACAUAAAGAUGCAACUCCUUCUCCAAAGAAAGAGGUAUCCACCCCGGACAAAAAAGCUGGGGAGACUGAAAAUGGAGGCAAUGUAAUUCUAGAAAAGCUCAGUUCCCCCAUUGUGGAUAAUUUGGAAUCAGAUCAGACAUUUGAAGAUGAAUUGCAACCAACAGAAGGUACAUAAGAGAUUAUUGUUGGGUACGUUUAAUGUUGUGUUUGUAAAUAACAUGGCUUGUCCCUCCAGGAUUGUUGUUAGUUGUAGCCCAUAAAAAAGAUUAAUUUUAUUGUUUUUUGUUCCUAGAUCUUGAAUUUGAAGAUGAACCUGAAUUCCCAAUUGAGGUAGAAGAAAUUGAUCAGGAUAUUUUAUUGGAGGGAGAGGAGGAAUGUGACAAUGAUGCUAACGUUGAGGGAGAUGAUGAAGACAUAGAUGAGGAAGAUGUAGUGGAAGACGAGGAAAAAACAGAUGAUGGAGAGGUCAAAGAACUUGAGGUCUGCUUGGAAAUUAUCAAAUUAGAUGAUGCUGAGGAUGAUAAUGUGCAAGCGGAGGCAAACAAUGAUAGUAACGAUAAACAAGAUGAGGUAUGUAUGUAUGCUGAGCUAUUAUCUGGUAGAUUGUAUGGUAUAUUGCAUGGAAUCUAAAGCUGAUGUUGUACCCAUGGAGCCCAUAAUUGUUAAGGCUCUUUUUUAGAUGAAGAAACCCUCAUUAAAUCUGAACACAAAAAAGAGGUUAAACUUGCUCAUGUUGCCUUGUACUUGAAUUGGUGUGACUUCUUACCUCCAUAAGCAUUAUGUUUAUACAAGGUUUUCCUAGUUCUGCAUUUGCUUUAAACUAUUCCUUUACUUAGGCCCUUAUCCCGGCAGCCAUGGAUGACUUGUCUCACCAUGUGGCACUGUCCUGGAGUAACUUUUGUACAAUGACCCCAUUUUCUCUCUGCUUUCUAAUGUCCGUCUCCAUGUUUCUUUGCCAGCAACGUGGUUUUAGAAUGCCUUGUUGAGAUAACUAUGUACACCUAGUUGUUAUUAAAUAGAGCUCUCUUUUUAGGAAAGUGACAAUGAAGAACAGUAUUUAAGGGAAGAAAUGGACAACAGCAUUUCUGAGGCAUGGCUAAAUGUAAGUUUAUGAUAUACAUAUCUAGCAUAUCUGUAAGUUUUUUUCUUGGCAGUCAUGAGCACUAUUGCUUGUUGGCAAUUAAAGUUCUAAUUCUCUGAAAGCAUGUUGCUUUGUUGUUAGGGUGAUGAAGAGUCAUUUGUGCAGAUUCUUUACUUGAUUAUGCAUGAAAACAUCAGUGGUAAGUAGAAAGAGAUUAUCUGUCAGUAUUUCAUUUCUUCUACAUUUUGUACAUCUAAGAUCUUUGACAAAUGAAAUCAUUCUACGUGAACAAGUUGUCAACUGCAUGCAGUUUGAGUUCCUGAUGGCCUAAGACAACUUACUUUACCUUUGGGUGAUCAGGGAUAUCUUUAUUUUUGCAUAAAAAUGAAUUACUGGGUACAUUGCAUUUCAUGGGUUCUGAGCACAUCAGUAAAUACCUCUCUACAUAUUUGUGAUUUCUUAAAAAGUAUUGACAAACUUUUUGUUGAAUUGCUUAAAAGUUGACUAUCAGCAUUCUGAGACCCAGGCCACUGCUCUGAUGGUAGCAUCAGGGCGAGGCUGUUCUGGUGUUGUAGAGCAGCUGCUGAAUUUGGGAGCCAAUCCCCACAUCAAGGAACCUAAAAACGGCUGGUAAGAAAAACGUUUUUGUUGUAUAAUUUGCUUUUGUGAGUUACACACUGUACAUACACAAUUAAGCAGAUUGGGGCAUGAAAACAAUAAUUGUUUUCAUUAUUCAAAGUUUGGCUAAAAUGGUCAGGUUUGAGGAGGGUAGCUGUAUUUUGAAGUAGCCAUAGUCUUUUUUAUAAUAACAUUACAUUGUUUGUUCCGUUUAGGAGUUCAGUACGUGUAUGUUUUAAGUUACACAGUCAAGCCUCCUCUAUGGACACAUUUGUAACAAAGACACCUCUCUACUAUGAAUGGUUAAUUUGUUCCCGGAAAUACUAACCUGCAUUUAUAACAGGUGUUAAUUUUUGGCAUUUUUCAGUUGAGUCAAGGCAAGCAUGAAGCAAGCCAGAAUGGCAGACACACGACAGGGAAAGGCGCAGAAAAAAUAUUAUUAUUAUUAUUAAUUUAUUUUUUCUGUGCCUUUCUCCAUCAUGUGUGUCUGGCACUCCUCACUGGCUCCAGGCUUGCCUUUACUCACCUGAAAAAAGGGGUGAAAAUAAUGCCCAUUGUGCAGGCUAAGAAAUACCAAAUUUCAUACACAUCCUACCUCUGUAAAGUAUAACACCUCUGUGAAGCGGACAUAAAGCUCUGUCCCUUAGGUGGCAGUAUGAAGGAGUUUUAGCAAUAUAUGUUUGAAGAUUUUUAUUUGCAUUUGCUGUAAAGCUGUUUCCUGUCAUCUUUUUCUAUAUAGAUGGCAAGGAUAAACGUCUGUUGAGACUUGAACAAAUUGGGUCAACUUUUUCGCAUUAUGAUGCUAUGCUUGCAAAAUUUAAGUAUUAGUGCUUCCUGAUGAAAUUUGUUUGAUAUAUUCUUCAAUAACUCUACAAAAGAAUUUUUUUGUAUGGGUUAAGGCACUACUAAGUAUUGACUACAGCACAGAAUUGGCCUUAAACAGUGAUAUCCUUGUGACAUAGCCCCUUUAAGCACCAUGCAUUAAAGGGGUAAUAUUUGUCGUGUGACAAUUAAUGAUGUAAGGAUAGAUAUCUGAAUACACAUGUGCUUGCAUGAUCUUCCAACAGGACUGCAGUUGAUUGGGCCAAGAAGUGGGAGCAUGCCGAGGUUGUUGAACUCCUUGAAUCAUAUAUGUGAGUAGUUAUUAUGUAUUCAGUUUGCACAGGACACAGGACCGGUUAACGUACAGUCUGAAACUUAUAUUUUAGGUCAUCACCAAAAGUACCAUAUGUUGAUGAAACAGCUCUGGAAAUGGAAUCAAAUGAAAUAAGUGAAGAAAGCAAGGAACUGCUGUCUAUCUAUCACAAGACAUUUGAUGAUGAUAGAGUAAGUAUUAAAAUAUGUUGAGGAGUGAUGCUUACGUGUUAAGCAAAAUCAUCUCUCAAUAUGUUAGUGUCAUUUCUUCUGACAUCAAACCUUUAAUGUUUACCAGCAGAAAACAAGAAUUGUUAUCUAUGAGGUCACCUUAGUUGAAGCUCGAUUAUCCUGCAUGGUAGGCAUUCGAAAGGGAAGGGGAAGGGAAUUUUGAUGCUAGAAUAUUCGUAUAUUCGAGGGAGAAGCUCUUCACCCUUCUUGUAUUCCCAAAAUCCCUUUCCUCUUCCCUUUCUAGCACCUACCAUGCAGGCUAAAGCUCACAAAGCCUUCACACCUGGCUGCCUUGUGGUGCUGAGGGCAAUCAUACAAUGGCCUAGCAGUUUUUAGUUUUGAAUGAAGAUGUGAUUGUCGCAGUGGUAAUUGCAAUUAAACCCGACAAAAAAUUUCGGGACUGCCACUUGUUUGGAGGGACGCAAAGUAUAAAAAUACUAGCAGUUUUUUUGGUGCUACUGAUAGCAGGAGCCGAUUACUUUUGGUUCUUACAAAUGAUUACUACUUAUUUUCUUAUAUGCACUAUUAGCAUACAGUGUAUCUGUGGGUUUGAUCUUAGCUUAGAGCGUUGAUAAUAAUUGUAUCGACAAAGAAGCCUGUUAUAAAACACAAGUAUGGUCUUUCUAACAUGCGCUUUUACAAGCAUUUAAAAUACUUUACCUGAAGUGCACUCUUGUAUUUAUUAUCAUUAUCUGUUAAAUCAAAAGGAAAAUAGGGUCUGCUGUCUUGAAGUUAAAAUAACGUUUGUUUUUUCAUCUUUAAAAUAAUGUCUUGCAUUGUGUAGACAGCUGAUCCUUGCUUUCCUCUGUAGUUUCGUUAUAAUUCUUUUUUGCUACCGUUUCAUCGUUCUUCUUAAUCAAUCUUGUUUUUUGUUUAGGUUGAUCUUGACCUGAUCAUUAAUUUACUGACGUACAUAUGUACCAAUGAGAAGGAGGGUGAGUUUUUCAUGUUAUGAAGAAGUAGCCACAUACAAAUUCUCCAGACUGAAAGUUUGAUAAACGGCCGAGGCAUUUUGUGCUGCUUGGCUUUGUUAUGCAUUAUGUAGAUUAAUUUCAUCUGUCAAUAAUUUUUUCAUUGAAAAGGUGCUGUUUUGGUGUUCCUUCCUGGCUAUGAUGAAAUCAUCACACUCAGGGAUACUUUGAUUGCUCACAAGGAAUUUGGAAAUUCCAAGAGGUACUGUUCUGUGAAUUGUCAGGAUUAACAAAAUAUAUAUCAUGAUUCAAGCUAGUCAAUGGCCACUUUCCAUUUAACUAAAACUUUCGGAAAUUUUACUUGGCGGCAAAUGGUACAGAGAUUUCUCCGAAAAAUUUCCAGAAAUUCCGGAAACUGUUGAAUUUCGAAAUGCGAACCAUUCAACCGCAAUUCUAGAAAUUCCGAGAGUAAAGUUGAAUGGAAAGACAACUUCCGGGAAAAAAAUUUCGAAAAUUUCAGUGGGUAAACCUUGCUAGGUUGUCCUCUUUUUUGGAAAUUUUUCUUGGAGGGGGGGAGCCUGAGGAAGCUUGCCCCCGAUGUAUGCUCGGUUGUAUCGUGAAAGCCCUUAUUCAUUAAAUGAAAGGACUGUAUUUUUUUUAUGCUGCAACCGAAAGCUGUUCAUGGCUGGAACCUUACUAAUUUGUCGAAUGUUUGUCAUCGUAUGUUUUUUAGCAUCGCACAGAUUUGUCCCUGUUUUCUAGGCCGUAUUCAUGGCUAGACAUUUAUCAUGAUAAGACUAGGUAACUCAUAGGACAACUGCAUCUACUGGUCGAACUUUGAGACACUGUCUGACUAUGAAAGUUCUUCUAUGAAACACGUGAUCAUUAUUCGGCCAGCUUGCACGAAAGCAAACAGUUACAGUAAUUUAGUUACCCGCCCUAAGAAAGGCUCUGCCAAUACUCUUGUCCUACCCCACGGUAUUGGGACGAUAAGUGAGGCUUAUGUUAUUUUGUGCGCAUAACCCGAAGUCGCUAUAACCUGCCACAGUGUAGCCUGCAUAACAGAUGCUUUAUGAGCCAAGCGACGCGAACGCGGCAUUUUGCGCGAAGCGCGAGACGAGGGAGGAGAAAAAAUUGUUCUCCCCUACUCUCGCGCUUCGUGCAAAAUGCCGCGCUCGCCUCGCUUGGCUUCUAAAGCGCUUGUUAUGCAGGCUAGCCAUAGGGCCGUGUUCCCUCCCCCCCUCUUAUUACGCCAUCUUGUAGUUGUUGUCUUAUUUAGCCUGCGUGCAUUUUUUAGUUGCGUGACUUUUUCAUGCGUAUCUUUUGCGGAAAAGUGACAUUAAACUCCUAUAGAUACAGAGUUUUCAGAGUAAUAUCUUCUCGAUCUGAUGAGGUUUGAUCCUCUUUCUUCGGUAGAUACCAAAUCUAUACUUUACAUUCUUCCAUGCAGCCAUCGGAGCAGAGAAAGGUAACAUAUCCUGAAAAGUAGCAUGUAAAAACAAAUGUUAUAUAUUGAAGGUAGCAUUUUUUGUAAUGGUACAGCGUUUUUCUUCUUAUUUUUUCUUCAGGUUUUCAGGAAACUACCUCAAACCAUGAGAAAGAUUGUAAGUCUUCAAUUACAAAUUCAAAAACCCGAGAAUAAUCCUUUGUUAACCAUCCCCAAAAAAGUUAUCUGUUGAAAUCAAAUAGCUGUUAAUAGCGUUUUAUUUAAAAUCCCGAGCAGUAAUUCAUCAAGAACAUACUGAAGGAAUCUGAUUUUUUUAGACUUUCCAAAUCCUCAGAAUUAAUUUUAGAUCAUACAGACGUCCUAUCUUUCAACUUAUUAGUAUGGUAUUUAAUGAAAACAUUAUAAGCACAAGAGUUAUAGGUACAUCUAACCAGGUUCAAAUCUUGAAUUGCUCUCAUUCAUGCAUCACCUAUACAUUUUCAGUUAUAGCAAAUUGCUAAUAGGCCUUUUUCCUACAGAUUCUCUCUACUAACAUUGCUGAGACCAGUAUAACAAUUGAUGAUGUUGUGUUUGUCAUCGAUAGUGGAAAAGUAAAAGAGGUGAUUAUUCUAAAAGGAAAAAGAAAACGUAGAAAUAAGAAAUUUGCGAGUUUUACAAAGACGUGUAAAAUGUAAGAUCAGUCGGCAGUUUGGUUGCCUGCCCAUGCGUAUACGUUUCUAUGUAAAAAUAGUGAAACUUAACUUGAAGAAUGUGUCUAAAUUUACAGGCUAAAUUUAUCAUCGAAAGUGUGUACACUGGGUUCGCCUUUUAGUACACUGUAUGAGAAUGUCAUGAUACCUAUGUUAAGUAUAUAUUGGCAGUGGUUUGUAUGAUGUUUUGAUUUUAGUCUUUUCAUACUCAUUGUAGUUGUUCGUGAAGAAAAACUAAAGAAAGCUAGUCACUUUCGUUACGGAGCUUUGGAUAUCAGAUGUUCUUACCUCAAAGUCGGCUUUAAUACCUUGAUUGUGCCUCUCAUGAGUUUUUUCUUCUUUUUGAAACUCAAUUCCAGUGUUUGGAUAUCAGAUGAACGCUGUUACUCUUGUUUCAAGUAAUAAAUCGAUCACGACACGCAGUUUUUCUUCCGGUAUCCAAACACUAAGUGGUGUAGGGUUAAAAAAACGAGAUGCGGUCAAGUUUUUUUGCGAGCUGUUUGCUUAUCGGAGGAAUUACCGAGUGGAACGUUUAACAUAGCUUCUCAAAUGAAUCAUGAUUCUUAAAGAAAUUCAAAGCCAUCACUCGCAAAAUUGUAAGCAAAGCACCGUUUGUUUUUCCUCAUGAAUUACUCACAUGUUUGAGAAUUUUAAGACGUUUAAAUAAACGUGUUGCUGAAUAAACGUAAGAGUGAACAGCGUCGUCUUGAAUUGUUUGAAGUACUAUUAGUUUCAUUAUAAAGAAGUGACUACUUUAUGAUUGCUUCUUAGAAAUCAUUUGAUGCCCUUACUUCAGUGUCCACACUUCACCCUGUGUGGGUGUCCAAAGCAAGUGCCAUUCAGCGAAAAGGAAGGUGGGACGUUCGUGUCAUUGUCAGUAGAGAUGCUGUAGUAAAAGCAGCAAAUUCGCGCAAUAUUGUUAGUGAUCGAUGUUGUUUGUUUUACCACCCGCGUAAGUAACUUGUUGCGCAAUAAUUUUCGUUGUUUCAGUGUUGUUGUUUAUUCUAAGUUAGAACAAAUCGCUCGACCUGGAACAAAGAAAUUUGUUUCGUGACAGUGUGGUUCGCGCGAGUAAUAAAAUAGGAAACGUCUUUCUCACCUCAUGGAGGAACAACGUUGCGUAAAAAAUUGCACGAAUUUGUUGUCCUUGACCUUAGCUUAAGAUUUAAGUUUUUUUUUCUUUUUUUUGCAAGUAAAACACUCAAAAAAAGAAAAAAAUUACACGGAAUAAAUAAAUGAAUAAAAAGAAAAAAAAAUAGCGAAUUUAUACACUUACAUGGCAAUACUUACAAAUAUUAAUAAUAAUAUUUCUUAAGAUUUAAGUUAUUGCUUCUUAGACUACGUUCCCAGUACUAGCUGUAGUAAAGGGCGGUAUCUAAGGGUAAAAUUCUUAAUUUAUUUUAAGUCUUGUAGUCUAGUCUAUUCCCAGGGCUCGCUUUUUUGGGGGGUCCAAUUUAUCAAUUACCUAGGCUGGGCUGAUUUGGACCUACGGGCUGAAAUGGGUCCAAGCGUGGGCUUUCGAUGGGGUUGUUUUGGCUCAAAUUGCACUAAAAUGGCUCCAAGAGAAGCUGAAACCGACAUUGUCCUACAGGGCUAAACUGGAACUUUGGGGCUGAAACAGGUCUUUUCAUUAAGGUGUAGUCUAUUUAAUUGUCCAUGCUUAUUCCCUCUCCAGUGAGGUGGUACGUUUUCUAGUGGAUUAGAUUUUCUGUUUUGUUUCAAUUCUAGUCUAACAUAGAUUCUUUAUUUAUGCGCAUAUUUCUCUCUAAUCGAAUUUAAUGCAACGGAUGUAUUGUACAUAUGUUUUCUAGUUUCAGCGUUGUAAGGUUUGUAUUUAAUUUAAUUUUCUAGCCAUUGUUCCAGGUCGGUUUUGUUUCUAGUCUCACUUGUAAACUGGUUAAUUUCUUGUAGCAUUUGUUAGUGCUAUUCUUUGUUUAGGUUUCAUGUCUACUUGUGUAACGCAGGAGAAAGAAAGGCUGUAGUCAAAUUGCAUUUUCAUGUAUUUACGACAUGCAGUUAUUUGUGGCGUUAUGACCUGUUUUUUUUGUACAUCAUGCAAUUUCUUGAUUAAUUGUUAUUGAUCCGUUGUAAACUCUAUCGUUUACAGGGCUGGUAGAUGCUCUCCUGGUAUGUGCUUUCACUUAUUUAGUCGAGUUCGCUAUGAAAACUUGUUGGAAUAUCAGAUCCCUGAGUUAUUAAGAACUCCGUUGCAGGUAAACAGAAUGCGGAUGAAUUGUCAACAUUCGAGUUGAGUCUUUUCACCAAGUUUUGGCGAGCUUGCCAGUAAUCUUCUCUUAUAACAUGACGCGCGUGCUUGCGCUAUCUAAUUCCUAUUUAGUCAUUAUGAAAAAAAAAAUGUUUACGCACGCUCGUGCAUAAAUAAGGUGACGUGUUCAGUUGUUCGAGUACGCACUCUAAGCAUCAGCCGUUUCUUAACUUUCAAAUGAUAUCGUUAGGGGUUACUCGGGACCGGUAGGCGAAAAGAUAUCAGAAAGUUCGACUUCUUUCGCAACUCGCUCUACUCUCCCCUCUAAAGGAGGGCUUACCCGCAGGCUACGUUUUAACUAAAGUUUGAGGUUGCCGCGACGUCUGUGUUAUAUGCUACUCAGUAACUUGAGCAAAUGCUGUCUUUUAAAGCCUGUUUACGUGGAGGUGGGGGACCCCAGGUAGGUGAGGUAACCCGCUUUGGUGGGUAACCCGCCUGUCCAUAUAAUCUCUCAUUUUGAUUUGAUCUCGUUUACAUGAUAGGUGGGGUGACCCGCCACAUGUUACCGCACCUCCAUGUAAACAGGCCCUUAGUACGCAUACAAACCUUUUAGGGAGGAAAGUUGCAAGCGAAUGAAAUGUCCUGGACCACUGAAAAACCGAUUUAUUGUUCCACUGAAAUUCGUCUCAUCAUACUUUCUUUCUGAAUCAGUAGGGCGUAAUACUACAAUCUACUGUAUUUUACGCUCCCGAUCGGAUAUUCAAUCCGUUAAGGGUUUCUAUUUCUCUGUACGGCAAAAUAACCUCAUCUUCUUUUCUCCCAGUUCUCACUCCAAAUAAUUAUGUAGUAUCUUGAUUUAUUAAUGAACAACGGCAAUUUGAAGUUCUUUUUAAAAGUUGAUUUCAGAAUUUACAGUAUAUUCUAUUUUUUUGUUUCUUGUAGGAACUCUGUCUGCACACAAAGCUUUUAGCAUCACCCAACACAUCCAUCGCUGAUUUUCUCUCUAAAGCUCCUGAGGCUCCUCCAUUUUUGGUUCUUAGAAAUGCUGUUGCUCUGCUCAAGGUUUGUGAGCAUAUUUUUGGGAGCUUUGCUACUUGUUACUAUUGUUCUAUUAGCUUUUGUGUUAGUCUGGUUACUAUGCCACACUUGGCAGCUCUAGAAGUGUGGAACUACAUUAACAAUAACAACAGUUUUCUGAUAGGGUACAACUGCGACAUUAUCGUUACUGUGUCGGACUCUGAAUAAGCAAACUUUAUGUCGUCAACCGCAAACUCAAAACUCAGAACCGCCUUUAUCGCACGUUAAGCAGUACAGUGGAACGCCGAACCAUGUUAAUGCGACCCCCGUUAGCACAUAAAAUCCUAACCAUAAUCACGAGUUAGUCGUAUUAACGAGGCUUUGACACAGUGCUUUUACCUUUGGAUCGUAAGAAUGUAGUCGUAUAAACGGAGUGGAUGUAAGACGGAGUUCCACCGUACCACUGGAUCUGCCUGCUAGUUUUCACUCGAUCUCACUUGCACUUGAAUUGAUUAAAAAAUUUAGACCACCUUUUACUGUACAUAAAAACGCCUGGAAGGCACCUAAUGAUGUUUUUUUUUGCAACAAUAGGAUUCUUUAUAGUUUUCUUAUUCAGAAGCUUACAAGAUACGGUAUAAUAUUUUGUUUUAACCAACAGACGGUUGAUGCUUUAGAUCAGUGGGAGGAUCUGACUGACCUAGGUAAAUACUUUGUCAUAGCUAUAAUCUGUAUUGUAUGAUAGGUCUCUUGAAAUCUUAUUAUCACUGCUUAUUUGGAAAAGGACAAAGAAGAGAGCUGACAAUCGUCAUCAUGAUUCUCGAGACAAUAAACCCUGCUUCGUUUUGUCUUUCCUGACUUUUGUAAUUAGCUGCAUUUGCGACAUAAGUGGUCUGGUUGUUACUUACUUUCCUUUACCUCUAUUUUUGCUCUUGUAGGUCGGCACCUUGCAGAUUUACCUCUCAGUCCACAGCUAGGGAAGAUGAUCUUGUACGCUUUGGUUCUCAAAUGUCUAGACCCCGUGGUGACUAUAGCUUGUGCUUUGGCCUACAGGGAUCCUUGUAAGGAUUUUGUUAUGUUUAGACUUUAAAGACUGAGCUGAGGUAGCUAGCUCAUUCCUCGAGAUAGUGUGAGUGUGCAGCGCGAAGAAUAUAGUAAAACAAUGCGCUGCUCCCCACCAUCUGUUCGCCUGAAACAUGCUGAAGCUUGCCAUUGCUGUCCAUAGCUUGUUCACUAGUUUCCACAGAACCGUGUAAGAAUGUUUUUUGUUUGUUUGUUUUGUUUUGUUUUUAUGUCCUGAUAUACUGGAAGUGACCCAGUUGUGAUGAUAGCAUGUGUUCUGACGUACAUGUAGGGAUACUUGCAAGAACAUUGUUACUUAGUUGCCUAGUGGCAGACCUGGGCGAACCUAUUGGCGACCAUGAUAUGUUCUGAGAAUCCAGUAAAGUUACAAUGAUCCUGGGCCAACUUGUUUGUAAACGAGCAUGUAGGGAUUUUUUAUGGUUUAUGCUGUGUUAACGUAGAGUGAUUCUGCAGAAAAACCAUCCUGAUAUUUUCUUCUUGAUUUUUUCCGUUGCACAGUCAUCUUACCCAUGUACCCAGCGGAGAGGCGUGCAGCUGCAGUAGCCAGAAAGAGAUUUAUCUUGGAUCAAUUUAGUGAUCACCUGGUCUUCGUUCAAGUAUUUAGGGUAAACCAGUUAAUAAUUUAAAUAGUUAUUUCAGAAGAAGUUAUCAAUGAACUGCUUCAUCAUUUAACAUUGGUAACAUUGCUAUCAAAAGCAAUUCGUGAGUUCUAUUUGCCAGGCAGAAUGAAGCCCAAAAGAGCUGGCUUGCUUUCACGGUCUUCCCGUGAUGGACGCUUGAUGAAUGUUUUUACUGGAGAUUGAUUGGUGAAUUAGAAUGUCUGUGCUUUUGAAAAACAGUCUUCUGUUAACUCUUUGGUGUGCUCCGUUUUUCAGGGCUGGCAGCGUGCUAGAUCUGAAGGAUAUGAUAAGAACUACUGCCGCAGAAAUUAUUUAUCUCAGGCCACGAUGGAAAUGAUGGCUGGCAUGAGGUCAGACGCGUUUAUUUAGUUAACGAAUUUUCAUGGAGUAGGAAAGGUCUUUAAGUCGUCAUUUUCUGCUGUGUUUUGCUAUUGGUCGGAGGGAAGAUCUUUCACGUAACAAGUUAAAUAGGUCAUAAAACGCAUUGGUUUUGUGUUCGGUAGAAAGAAAGACCUUUUGCGAACUUUAUUGUCCUGUUUUGGAUUCGUGAGGAUGAUCUCUAUGACAAAGAAGAAACUCCUCUGUGUGACAUGCUGUAUUUUUUUACAGGUCCCAGAUUCUUGGCCAGUUGAAAAUUGCAGGUUUUAUUCGUCCUCGUGGGGCGGGCGACAUCAGAGACUUGAACUCAAACUCCAAUAACUUGGCUGUUGUUAAGGUAGGAAGCCUUUCUGGAAAACUAAUAAAGCACAACAUUUAUUUCUGAAAGUCAACAAAGUAAAAUUCAGACUACGUGGCCAGCAUCUAUGCAAAUGUAUUGGAACAAAAGAAAUCGUUUACAUAAGGAAAGAGUUCAACUCCUAAAGUAUGGCCGUCGUGACGUCAAUUGAAAAUGUUCUUUACCUGCCAUAGGCAGGGUUGUAAGAUGAAUGAGUUGGACCUGGUAUUUACACCUACUGUAAAUCCUCUAUUAAGCCCCCCGGGGGGACUUAUUUUUUUCAAGCACGUUUGAAGGGGCGGGGGGGGGGGACUUAAAAGAGAGGGGGGCUUAUUUAAUAUAGCGAAACGCAUCACCAGUAGCAAAAAUACCCUACUAGGAGACAGAGUAGACUUAUGUAUUGUACUAGUCACUGUCAACAGUAUUUCAUUCCCCUGUGGGAGCCUCCACAGAGAACUAAAGCGUAAAGUUGAAAAAGUUAAGUAUAUGAAAUUGGAGGUCAUGCGGCCGAAGACCAAAGACGAUAUGAACUUCCAGCCUCACGAAUAAACCAUAACUGAUCAGUCCACGUAAAUUGUUUGUGAAGAAUAAGGAUGGAGGGGAGGGGGGGGGGGGGGGCGUAUUAACUUUCCUCCUCUGAAAACGGAGGACUUAUUUGAGAGGGGGGGGCUUAAUAGAGGAUUUACGGUAUCUAUAAAAGGCAACAAGACGUAUAUAGUGAAAUAUCUGAUAAUAUGUAGUGAAAGGCAACUUGAUAAUAUUAUAUAGCUUAAGGCUCUUGAAUUUAUUUCAAUCUUUUACUGCAGGCAGCCCUCUGUGCUGGGACAUUUCCCCAAGUGGUCCGAGUAGACAGAAGCACCAACAAACUAACAACACAGUAGGGACCAUUUAUUUGACCUUUAACGUCAAGUCUUACAUUUGAGAGAUAUGUCGUGAUUUGAAAUAUAGUUGGUUCUGUGUGUUCAAAUUUUAUUUUCGUUUUUUUUGGGUUUGGUAGUAUGAAGUUUAAAAUAAAAUUUUAGGUAUAGGUUAGAAUUAAGUUAAACAGAUAUUUUCUGGUUGACAACGAAAACAUUAUCGAGAAGAGCGAUCGAUACGUGGAAACGUGGAAGUGUAUUAAUUAUCCAACUAAUAUUAAACUUUUUUCUUUCAGGAAAGAAAGCAAGGCUCGUUUUCAUAACUCCUCCAUUUUGUACCAGCCCCCUGCACAUGGCGAUACUAUGUCAACUGCGCAGGCUAAAGCGAUCGCUAAACUACCAUCUGAUUGGCUGAUAUAUGAAGAAAUGUCAAGGUAGGUUGAGCCUGUCUCUAUAACCAACUCUACCUAACCACUUUCUGUGUAAGCUUUCUUUGGUGAGCAAGUGGGCCUUCGUGGUAUUUGUCUUGAUUUUUUCUACACUUUCCAUACAAGGGAGUGGACGACAUAAUUGUUAGGAGACGGCUUAUUCGACGUCCUUAAUGCUGUGUAACGUUUCACUCACUAGUGUCGGCUAUGCAAAGCUGACGUUAACUUACAUGAUGUUCAACUGGAAAGUAGAAAAAUAUGAAAAUACCAGUUCCUAACAUUAUACAAAAAUUCCAUACUGGGUGAACAGAAGGUCAGUAGCAGCCGAUAAAACUAAAACAGUUACUAUAUCCAACCCAUGGAUUUCAUUAUAAUAUUCGUGGUGUAAACAAUUGCAUUGUAAGGUAUAAAAUAAUGAACUUUUCCCGCACUUCGCCCCAGUAAACACAAAAUGAAAUGAGGUCGCGUCUGGGUGAACGAUAGGCCAAUUCCGAUUUUCCUAUGGUUCAAAACGAGGCUAAGUGCAAAUCCUUGCUAGUGAAAAUAAGUUUUAUUUACAUGACCAUAAAGAAUCAUUUUUUGUAUCAAUGGCUUUGCACUUAGUCUCGCUUGGAAACAGAGGCUACGGAAACUGUCUAUUGUCGGCCUUGAGGAUACAUUUGUAUUCUGUCUCUCCCGACAGACUUUACACCACAGUGACAGUGAAGUGCUGUAGCCUUGUGUCGCCCAUAACAGUAGCUCUCUUCACUGGUCCCAGUCUUUCCUCUGAACACGUUACCCAGGAUUUCUCAGCUUCUCGUGACAGUGAGAGGUAUCCUGGGGAUAGCCUGGGGCGAGAUAGUGAGAGCAGUGAUAGCGAAACAGAGGAAAAAGAAGGAGAGAGGAAUGGGAGAAAAGGUGUUGUGUUCAAGUUGGAUGACUGGAUUGCGCUUUCUGCAAGCCAGGAGGUAAUCUCCUUUAAUUAAACAGCAGCAGUAGAGGUGAUUACGGGUUAAUGAUAGUAGCAGUAAAUUAAUGAUAAUAAUCUAUCCACGAGACGUUGCUUGCUACACGUUUGCGAAAGAAAUUCCAUUUUUCUUGAUUACCUAAUCCAUCGGCUAGGUCCAUACGAUUUAUGUCUCAUUAUACGUUUCUGGGAAUUUGCCAACCUACCCCUCCCCUAAGCCAAUAUUUUGCCCUAAGUUAGAGGUAAGUGUUAAUAUUGGCCUAGGGGAGGGGUCGCCGGUAGACAGAUUCCCGGAAACGUAUAAUGAUCCACAGAAAUUGUUCAUUAGUAGGCUUAGCUACUUAAUUCCGGAAUUUUGGGGGGAAUUUUAGACAUCAAAAGUAAUUUUAUAAAGUCUCGGGAAUUUUACAAAAAAAAAUUGACAAAUUCGAGAAUUUUAGAGCAAUUUGAACAUUCACCCGACAUUUUGGCAACAUUUCAAGGACAAAAACGUUGACAAAACCUUUGUUUUUUGUAUUCCUACCGACCAGGAGAGGGUUCAGUCCGCUACCAUGCUACAGCAGUUUCUAGAACACUAUAGGACAUUCGUUUGAAAAGGAAGAUAAAUACAUAUAUAACAAAUGUGAAAUGAUGUGUCUUGGAACUUUUAAACAUUGGUAACAAACGAUGUUUUACGAUUAAAACUCUUUCUUUUUUGUUACAUCACCAUAAAAAAAAAAAACGAAAUUAUUUGAGAAUUUUCGGGAAUUUAGAGAGUUUUGAAGAAUUUCAGACAUUUUCUAAAAAGAAUUUUAGAGCUGUCAUCUUGGUACUUUCGUUUGUCUCGUCUACAGAAUGUCGUGUAACUUCUUAGUCGUUUUCAAUCAUUAAAUAGAAGGUACACUACAGUGAUCUUGUUUUAUAAGAUCAAGGGCAAUUUUUUUCUUCACUGUAGGAUGUGAACAAUGUGACUUAUUUACGACACAAGUUGCAGGCAUUUUUCGUCAGGAGGAUUCGCUCUCCUUCCAGACCCUGGUCUCAAGUGGAUGAGGUAAAACACAAAUUAAUCCUGUUGUGUAGUUGUAAUUAAAAUUAACGUCAUUCGGGAACAAUAUAUUAAACGCCCCUUAACGCUGGAGUCUAGUCCAGUUUCUGUGAUAAAAACUGUGAUUGACUAAUGGGAAAACGUUUCUUAUAAACAGAGCGCAUUGCUUAUCAAAUAAACACCUCUGUAGUAACUUCCGAGAAAAGGCAUAAUGAUAUCUAUAUCCUUGUUUUCUCAUAAUCUGCAUUGGCGGAUUUUUCUUUGUUUUCUUUACAAAGAUGAUUGUUCGAGCAAUAACAGCAGUCUUGACGUCAGAGGAGCAAAUCAUGAAUCCAUCCUUGUAUCCUCGCCAAAGAAGAACACGACCCGGUAAUGUAUUUUACUGUGACUAUCAAGGUGUGCGAUUGUCUUGUUUAGAUAGUGAACACUUCAACCAGUGUUCACAGUACUUGCUAUUUGUUAGUUGCAUCUCAAUGAUAGAAAGAGCCCACAUCAGGAGAAAAACGCGACACGCUCGUUUUGACCAGAUCCGUUAUGGAUUCGCUUAGACCGAGGUUUCUUUUCAGUGGCCAAUAAUUACUUACAUUAAGUCAUUCACAUCUGAAUAUCUGGAGUGUUUGACCUCUCCACCAAUGUUCCUUGACGCAUUGUUGUAUUCGCUGCCUCAUUAUUCUUGGUAUGUUGUUGUGUAUUUACUGAUUGUAUUUUUAUCGUGAUGGUAUAUUUCCAGGAAUUGAAAGUGGGCCUGACUCCAGAUCUAGAAUCGACAGGUGUGUAAGAGUGUGUUGUACCUAUCGUGACUCCCCCUACCAACAAAAUACUUUUUACAACUUUUGGAACAAUUAAGCAUUUGCUCCUGUGACAAUCACAUGUUGAAGUCAAAUAAUAUGUGAUAAAUUUUCACGGUGUCUUUUCGUUUGUCUCGUUGAAGAUACAUAUUUACUGUUACAUUUGCAGGACACGGCGACCAGAGCAGUUUUCUCCAUCGAGGGAACGCCUGCGUGAUAACUCUGGUAAAAAUAACUUCCUCUAUGCAACUGUAUGCCUAGUUUAUUCUGCCACAAGUGCUUUCACCCCACAGCAUUAAUUGAAAGCUUAUUAGACUCUCUAUCAUUUUUUCUGAAGUUAAAAUAACAAUUUAACACAUGCUUGUAGUUAACAAACAGUUCUUGUGUUUAUCAGGUUCAAGUCCGCGGGGGAAAAGUGAAAGACCAGUCUCUCCACAAGUGAGUUUUUUCUUGUGUACCAUGCAGACUGAAAUAAGUUAUUGUGAAACGUGAGUAGAAGAACGUGUCUUGAAUGCCCACAGCGCCCUCGCUGCAAAUAUGGAGUAUUACAUGCUAAUGAUCAGUCCAGCUUGGCAUAUCUGCGUUAUGUUCAUUAUUAUGAAAAAUGCCACCGAUCCAACCUGAUGGUGAUCAGUGAGGGCUUUCCUCAAAGCACACUAAGCAAAGCCUUAUGACAGUAUUGAUUUGUUUUUACAGAAUGGUAAAACAUUCAGUGAUGGAUGGAUGUCAAGGCCGGCGCAGUUGUCUGAUAAGCUAAGUGAGAGUUAGUGUUGGUAUUUCUUAGUAGCAAUUUGGCUUCCAUUUGACUGUCUGAAAAGAAAUUGUAUAUUGAGAUACAUGACGGUCUUUGCGAUUAUGUCAAAGUUACGUGUAUCACAUCCUUGGUUUUCGUUUCAGCUCGUUACUUUAUUAUGAAAUGCAACAAUCAAAGAAAUUUAGACAUAUCAAUGGCAAAGGUAAGUACUCUUUUUUUUCUCAUUCCGUUUUCAAACAGUUCCCAAAGGAUUACAUACUAAUUUUUCCGUUAUCUGUCUUCAUCUUUACCUCUUUAAUUUAUUACCACUGUCAGGUGAAGUGACAUUCUUACGACGUUAUUUUCUUUUUAUUGUUGAAGGGCAUCUGGGCAACAACCCUGGCAAAUGAAAAGAAACUAAACAGAGCUUUUAAGGUAAGUUCUCUGGCCAGUUUAUCCGAGACUUUUAAGACGAUAUAUUGUUAUAUUUUAAAUACCAAGUCUCUGAAAUCGAACAAACUACUUAAUGUUGUAUGGGUUUUCGAGGUUUUACAUGUCACCGUGCGACUACGCCUGGAAAAACGAUUUCAAGAGUGGAUUCUAAUCAGUUUUGUCUUACAACAGGUUUACUCAAACAUUACAAUUAUUGUAUUACUUUUGAAAGAAGUAGUUCAAAAUUCUUGCUCGAUGUUCUGUUUGUGUUGGAAAAACGACGCUAUCUAGGAUUGUUUGUAGUAAAGACGGACGCUGUUAAUAACGCCAUCUUUGACGUUAACAUUUGCCCUUGAAUGUUGUUAUAGGAAAGCAAACGAGUAAUUCUGGUGUUCUCUGUGCAAGGAAGUGGACAUUUUCAAGGUGACGGUUUAGUUGAAGUGAUUUUCUCUAUCUCUAUCUAUAUCUCUAUCUGUCUUGCAUUAAUGAUUGCCUGCACCAAAAGACAAACUCUUUGAAAUCACCUCGCGUGUUGCUCGUCUUACAGGUUAUGCACAGAUGACAUCCGCUAUUGGCAAGGACAAGUCACCCGAGUUUGGCUCCAGCUCCCUGAGUGGAGUUUUUAGUGUUGAAUGGAUAAAAAAGUAUGUGCUACAUGUUUUCUAUCUCUAUCACCCAGUCUGUUGAAUAACUAAUACCAUGUCGAUAAAACUUAAGGCACCAUCCCCUUACAUUACCGUUUGAGUAGACGGAACUCCCUCGGAAAGGGUGUACCAGAAAUCUGCAGGUUCUGCCUAAUACAGGGAGUGUAGCUAUGAUUAAAAGGCAAACAAUAAUUCGUUUCUUUUUCCUGGGUCCUUAGAGCAAGUAUUCCCUUCCAACAAGCUCAUCAUCUGGUAAACCCGUGGAAUGACCAUAAGAAGGUUCAGAUCAGUCGUGAUGGACAGGUAAGACUUACCUCAUGGCCUCUCUGUGUUAAACACUGUUUAUUUCUUUUGACGUGUAUGUAUAGAUCCAUGGAAUUGAGAAAGGAUGAGAUGUAAAGGGUAUAGUAUGGUGUAGAAGUAGUGGGUGUGAAUAUGUGACGAAGCACAAGGAAGAAUUGUCAUCGCAUAGGUAGAACAGAAAGGAUUCAAAUGGUUCAGUAUGGUGCAAAGGCGAAAGAGGGAUAAUUAGAAGGUGUGUGAAAGGGAGGAGUACAGAUGUAACAAGUGUACAGCUGAGCUUUAAUUUCAUUAUCACUGUAUUGGUAGCACAGGGUGAAUAAAAAGGAUCAGUUGUGAUGUAUAGGUGGAAGAUGAAAGGAGUAAUGUGUGAGAGGAAGGAGAACAGAUGCCAAGUAACGCGAGCAGCUGAGUGUAAGUUUGAUUAUCACCAAAUGGGUUAAAUAGGACGAUUAACAAAAGGUCACGGUAUGAAGAACGGGUGGGUGUCAAAGUGGGUGUUAUUGUGAAGACGGAGCUUGAUUUAUGAGGAAGUGCUAUGACCAUAAACACUGUUGAUGGGACAGCAGGGCUUACAUCUGGAUCACGGGGAUGUAAGGGUGGCAAUUAGGGUGACAAAAUAUGUGUAGUCGACUCACAGAUGUUGGAAAAAUGGGAAAUGCCAGGAUGAAGCAUACUUGUGGAAGGGCGCCGAUGUGGCUCAGUGAUGAAGACACUGAGAUAGGAGAAUCGGAUAUUAAGGUGAUUAGUAAGUAUGCUGCAAGUAGUGGCAUGAAUUAGGGAGAACGUGGAAGAUGGAGGCAUGGAUGACUCAGAAAUGGUGAAAAGUAAGGGAUGUUGUAAUGUAUGUUGUAGUAAUUGAAACGAAUUGUUCUUUAAAUUCGAGGUAGGAUUCUGCUAGUAACAAAAACCGUCUUUUUGGUUCUCAGGAGUUGGAGCCCAAAGUUGGCGAGGAACUUUGCAAGCUGUGGGAUGUUGAUCAGGCCAGUCCAAGUGGACGCACUCCCAGGUCAACCAACAACACCAACAGACGUGGCAAGCCAUCUGUACAAACACAGCCAGAUCCCCACCCCUCCCCCAGUCACUGGCAAGCCACACAAGCAAACGUUGGCUACCCCGCUAUACAACAAGUGUACACUACACACACCCCCUCCCUUCCUAUUCCUGUGCCUAUUCCAUCUGCGCGACACGCGAUCCCUGCCCAUUAUCCGCGCCAAGUUGUUGCAGCCCAACCCAUGACUGUACACACUCACGCCGCUGUUCCCUUUGGAGCUCACGCUGUUGCGUUGCAGUCUCAGUUUCGUUCCGCGGCUCCUCGAUAUCCAGGAACCAUCGUGCAGCCACCAAACAUGAGGACGAUGGGGCCGCCACCACGCAGCACAAGAGCGCCAUAUAAUGCUUCUCGAAAAUAAUACAGUUAUUUAGUAAUAUGAUCUUACAGAAACCUGGUAACAACAAAUACUAUAUAAUGAAAGCUCACCAUCAACCAUUGGUUACACUAAGAAACUCUGGGUGUAGCCAGUAACUGACACAUGCGCACAACCCUAUCACCAAACCAGUAUCUAGAGAGAGAGGCUUUGCUUUGUGUUUGUGGUCGGGUGAUUCAUAAGGUAACCUUCCUAACUACCCAAUCCAAAAACGAUCACUUUUGCACUGGCUUGACAGCGGCAUGUUUACGGGAUUUGAUUCCGUGUGGGAAGGAAAAUGGGAGAUAGGUGUUUUUUUGUUUAUUGCCAGCAAUCUGUCUAGAGUUGGAAAAAAACGUUACCUAUAAAAAAGUAAGGUUCACGGACAAUUUAAGACAAUACAACGCAGCCGAAAAGAAUACAACUUGCUCGCGUUCGAUGGAUACAGAAAAGUAGGCAUAUUUUCUCGUUAAGUGUUUUGAUUAAGAAAUAACAAAAACGUUACAUUUUUAAGAAGCUUGAUAUACUUAUUAGAUUAACCAUAACAGUACCACAAUACAGCUGUUUUUAAUUAAUCUUACGUGAGAAAAUAGAGAACUAGAAGCCAAAAGUGAAUCUGGGGUUGGUGUAAAAUACACGUGCUAGAAACUUCUUAAUAUCAACGCAAACAGGAACUUUUCAUGUAGAAAAGUGAUUUAUCGGACUAUUCAUCCCUAUAUAGCAAUAUACUAUGAAGAUCUAUAAAGAUAAAUACUGCCCGCACUGAUAUAGCAAAGGCUAUUCGAAGUGGGUAAUGCAGUAACCCAAAAGUACAACUUAGUUAAACUUUAUUUCUAACUUUCGUUUUUUAAUAUCUCAGUAUAGCGGAUUGAUAAUCUGAUUAAAGCCCGCCGGUUAAUUUUACCUAGAUCCUAUACGAUAAAACUGUUUUCUUCAAAAAUGAAAAGUUUUACAUGAGCACCGCUGUUUUACGACGCAAACCCAUUUGCGGCG